AUGUUCUAGAUUUAAAAUAAUAAUCAAUUAUAUUUUCUUUACUAUAUAUAAAUGAGCAAAAAAAGAAAAUGUAACAGACUUAGUUUUUAAAAGCUGCAUUACUCAAAAAAAAAAAAUAUAAUUAAAAAGAUCCCAAAUUUCAUUUAUUAUCGAUAAUCAUAAACUCAUUUUAAUUUAAAACACAAUUUUAGAAAAUAAAUUUAUACAAAUUAAAUCAUUUCUCUGCUUAUAACUAUCAACUCUUAAAUUUUGGAAAAAAUUCCUUUUGAAAAACUCUAUUUCAAGAUUUCAAAAAGGAAAAAGAUCAAGAAAUACAAGGAUCAAAAAUUAUAUUUAAAUAUUAAUCUAAUUAAAUAUAUAUGA